CGGCACCCACCCGGUGAGGCCCCAGGGAGUCUGGGCUUCGCCCUAACCCCACCCUGCGGCCCACAGGCCCCGCCCCGCAGCCCGCCUCCGCGGCUUUUGUGACGUCACGACCUCAGGGGUCAGGAGAAUAGUUGCUGUGGCAACGUAAACCAAAGGCCGGUGCGCUCUGAGCCUUGGAACCGCGGCGCGGAAGCUUCCGAUCAAGCCCGGUGCGCAAGGCUGGUUGGAACCUCCUCUAGCCCAGGUCCGGUUUUGCAGCAAGCCCUUGUUCCUCUGCAGGAACGUCCAAGCUCCUGUCUACUAUGGUUUCCAAGGUCAUGGCGAACAUCAAGAACAGCCUGGACUCCACAGAUGAGAGCUCUCCUUCAGUCAUUGAAGAAAAGAAAAAGAAACAUAAGAAAAAAGGCAAAGUGUCUGUGGUUGUUCCGGACCGUUCAACUAAUCCUUUCCAUAUGUCUGGGAACGUGGAUUUCUUCCUGCUCAGAGAUCAGGAGCGGGAUAAGUUUCACGCAGAGCGGCAGAAGAAGAAGAUGCUGCGGUUGCACCAGAAGAUGACCUACUCGUCCAAAGUGUUGGCCAAGCACGCCAGCCUGCUGCAUGAGCUGCAGCUGCAGGACCGGGCGGAUGACCAGGAGGCGCGUGCCCUGGCCGAGGCCCAGCAGAUGAGCGCCUUCCAGGAGGACCACACCUCCUGGAAGCUGGCCAUGACCAAAGAAAAGAAAGAGGAUUCUGACAGCAUAUACAAGUACAUCAACCAGAAACGGGAAAUGUUCCUCCUCCAGGUAGGCCCGUCUGCUCCCUUGAAGGGGACCUGGGUGGGCUCUGGUGGGGAGGGUAAUCCCUGCUCUGGUGGCCAUUAGUAUGCCCUGGAUAUGAAGCGGAGCGAGAUCCAGCGGCUGGAGAUGCUGGCAACAAAGGAGGAGGCGGAGCUGGAGCGGGCUGAGAAGUCCCUGGAGAAGGAUUCGACCCUGUUCGAUGAGUUCCUCAGGGAGAAUGAUCGCAGCUCAGUGCAGGCCCUGAAAGAGGCAGAGAAGGAAACCAAAGUGAAGAUAGAGAAGAUCACUGAAAUCCGAGAGCUGACCACCCAGAUCAUGAAUAUCAAAAGCGAAAUCUCCAGGUUUGAAGACACUCUGCAACAUUACAAGGUCUGCAAGGAUUUCCUGUACAAGCUGUCGCCCAAGGACUGGCUGGAGGAACAAGAGAAGAAGCACUUGGCUCUCAGACAGGCCAAGGAGGCCGCCAAGGCCAAGGAGAAUGCUCAGUUGUCACAAGGUGACAAAGGACCGGGGACCAAGGGCAAGAUGAGCUCCAAAGAAGGGCAAAGCCCGCGGAGGCCCUGGAAAGUGCUGCAGGUGAUCCGGGUCGGGCAGGUGCUGACCAGCCCCGGCCACCAGGACCAUCAGCCGGGGUCGGACUCCAAAAAGUCCAGCUCUUCUACCUUACCCAAGGAAGAGGACCCAGACAGCGACGGGGAGGGGCUGGAGCUGUACUUCAAGGAGCCCCACCAGCUCCUGGAAGUCUUUACAACCCUGGAGGAGCAGAACCUCUCGCUGAUCCAGAACACACAGGAGAUGGAGGAGGCCCUGGAGGAGCUGAGCUUCACCCUGAAAAAUACCCAGAUCCGCAUGGAUAGGGAGGUCAACCAGCUGAAGCAGUGGAUCACCACACUGAUGAUGUCCAUCACCAAGGAGGAGGAGACAGCUGCUGAGCUGGAGCUCAAAGCCCGAGUCUUCCAUUUCGGCGAGUACAAGGGCGCACAGGAGGACAAGCUGCUGGAGAGCCUCAACCGCAAAGUGCAGGACGUGUACCGGCAAUGUGUGGGUCCCCAGCAGGAGUCCAGCCUGGGCACCGUGCAGAUGCUGACCGUCAUUGAACACCAGCUGGACGAGCUGCUCGAGAACCUGGAGCGUGUGCCCCAGAUCAAGAUCGAGCAGGCCGAGAAGGCCAAGGAGAAGGAGCGGCGCCAGAGACUCCGGGAAGAGAAAGCCAGGAUACAGAAGCAGCUGCAAGAGGAGCGUCUCCAACGGGCCCAAGCCCGGGCCCAGGCUGAGAUCAAGAAGAAGAGAGGCAGAAGGCUGGUGUCCCGCUCCGAGCCCCCGGCCCUGAAAGCCAAGGAGGAGCCUGAGCAGGAGCUGCUGGACAAGGAGAAGGAGGAGCACCUGUUCUUCUUCACCUAGCCUUCC